AUGGACGCGGACUACAGAAGUGAACAGCCGAAUGUACCCCAACUUGUGAGGCAGAUGGACUUGAAUAACGUACCGCUGAAGGGAAGCAACAAAGACAAGAAAGAUAAAAAGGAUAAAACGGAAAGGACGGAUAAGAAAGAAAAUAAGGAAAAUAAGGAAAACAAGGAAAAGAAGGAAAAGAAAGAAAAGAGAAAAACAAAAUCCAAGACGGCUAGUCAACAAAUGGACACUGAAAAUGUCAACUUGUACAAUUCACAGCGUGGAGGUCUCUCCCUAGACAAUUGUAAAUUUAUCGCUAGUGACGUAUCUAGAAUGACGAAUGAAGUGAAUAAAAGUGCAGUCAUGGAUAGUAGCAAUCCUUACAGGUGUAAUAUCGCUGCAACCUUUGCUAAUAAGAAUAACGAAAGCAACGGAGAAAAUACUCUUAUGCGCGAUGUCCAACUUGGUAAAAACAAUUUUGUCAACCAGACGGUGUGCAAUGUGGAAGAAACGAAAGAGGAAACACCUUUUAGUGGAGCCUGUCUCAUUCGAAACUUCAAUAGCACGAUGGAACGUCCUGGUUACUCACUACUGAAUAACUCACUUGGGGGAAAGAAUAACUUCAAGGAGAAUAUAUCUGCCGGAGCCAGCAUGAGUACCAUUAUAAGCGACUGCUACAGUGGAGGAGUAAACAGAAGGGGCAGUGCAAUAAACGCGGGUGAUAAUUGCAACUACCGUGAGGGUGGCGGGCUCUACCUUCCUACAAGCGGAGGUAACCCCAGCUGCAACCUCGUAAGUGGUGUGAACAGCAUGCACAAUUUGAACAGUGGGAUCCCUGCGAGUGAGCACCGACACACUGGCUUUAACUCCUACGCGGACGGUGUGUACGAAGGUGUAAGUACAACGAGCAGCAAUGUGAAAUGUUCUUCAUGGAAAAGUAUAGCCCAAAUGAGCAAUACUAAUAUGGUAGGUUUAACCAAAAGGGGCGAAACUAGCAAUGCGAAUAGUGCACCCAUGCAAGAUGGUAGCUCCAAGAAGAAAACGAAAACUGUGGACGAUUUAGGAAAUGAAGAAGUCGCCAUAAAACCUGAAAAGCUAUUUGCAAAUUUUAAAAGAUUAAAUGUGGACGAAAUGAGAAAGGACGAUGAUGUGGUGAGGGAGAAGAACACUAUGGAAUUGUUGCAUUAUGACAAUCUCAGUUUUAAUGAUGGUAUGUGUAAUCUUUUGGGUAGGGGGACCAAUCAUUAUGCUAAGUCUGUCCAGGACAAUUGUGGCAUUAUUACUCCCACGGUGACGACGACAAUGACUCCUAUGAUGACCGGCACGAGCAACUCAGCCAAUGGUAAUCGCAACAGAAUGAAGAAUAAUGUAGCUGUUACUCAAUCUGAGAGUGUUGCUACACCCCGGGGGGAUGAUCUCCACCUUGCUGAUGCUAUGAGCAAUAACACAAGCUAUGAAGAUUACACAAAAAUGUCUUCCAGUGUCACAUGUGACCAAACGAGCGAUUUGAAAAAGUAUAUACUACCCCCCAUAACUAGCAACAGUAAGGGGAACGGGAAAGGAAGCCUUUACACUCCCUUUUUGAGUAAUAACCAGCAUGAAAAAGUUUUAAAUGGGAACGCCUGGGAAGGUGCGUCUAAUUAUAUCCCCAAGGAGAAUGUAGAGGAUGGCCCCGUCAGUAGUGGAGCUUAUGCCAACGUGGGUAACGACAGCCGUGUCAUUGAUGAAAAGAAAUUUAAGGGCAAAAAUUUAAUCAAAGGGCAAAUUUUGAACUACACUAGCCAUGCGCAACAUGAUAAUCAGGUUCAACAUGGCAGUCAUGCCGUUGAAUCCAGUCAAGUUAGUUACAACCAGAGCGCAUUCGACACGUCCAAAGUGUCACUCCCGAUGAUGGGGCAACAGAAGAAUGGAGAAAAAAACCAGAGUGAAGAUUUAAAGUUCAUUAAAAAAGACCGCUUCUUCUUUCGCAAUGGUGAUAGCCUCUUCAAGGGAGAUAUGCAUGACGAGCUUCCCGAAUUGGUCAACCCAAAUUUUAAAGGCGCAAACGCGUGCUCAGGGAAGAAUGUGAAAAGUGUAAAAAAUGUGAAGCCUGGCUAUAUGGCCACCGACAGCACCCUAUACACGGCCAAUAAUUUUCUUAUUAAGAACAAAAAUGGAGGGGAAGAAGAUGAUGACCUGGACGAGAACGGCCAGUACUUUAACAAUGAAAAUUCGGAUCAUUUGAGCCGACGCUGUGGGGAUGGAGCUACUGGUCCGUUUAACUUCGAAAGUGAGGCGUAUAAAAACUGUGAAAGCGUUAUAGGACCUUACAAUUACGAUGAGGAGAUGCAUCUCAAUUAUGAGGAUGACCUGCAACUGAACUAUGACGAUGAUCUCUUGAGUAAGAACCCGCUGCAUCUGGACAUGGAGCAUCUGAACGUGGAGCAUCUGGACGUGGAGCAUCUGGAAAUGAAGCAUGAUGACAUUGGAAAUGCGAGUUAUUUCGAAAAGAGCUACGAUUUUGAAGAGAACGUGGCGCAGCUGGAGAAAGAUUUAGACUUUUCUGCUAACCUAAGCAGCAUGAGUAAAGAUAUGUCCUUCCUAAACUUUGACGACUCGGAAGAAAAAGAUUGGAAGUACGAAUACAUGAAUGAGAUAUUUUCCGCUAAGGGGAAUCCCUACUUGGGUAGCGACGACCCGCAUUCCUUUUACGGAAGAGGCACCUUAAGAAACUCCCUUCAUUUCAACCACGGUAUCGGUAGCAGCCGUUACAACCUCGGUGCAGGCAGAAGCUUUGGGCUUAGCGCUUGUAGUACCGUUUUCCCUAGCCCCGUUUAUAGUACACCCACAAAUUGGGACGAAAAGUCAAGUUUUGCCGCAGCGGUUCAGAGUAGCAAUCAGUGCUCUGAUGGCAUGAGAAAGAAUGUAAAUAAUAAUAUGCUCUUUGUGGAUAACAGUAAUUUAAGUAUGCAUUGGGGGAAUGCCCAUUCUGGGAAACUCGAAAAGUGUGCAAAUGUGGACAGCGCAUGUGGAAGAAAUAACGACACUAUUAAUAGCCACUUAAUAUGCGAGGAAAAUAACGUCUGCCAUAAUGACCACACACUGAUGGAUGAAAAUCAUUUGGGACUGCCCCAUGACGAUCAUUCACUUGAGAAUAAUAGCACCAGCUUGGGCAACAGCAAGAAUCUAAUACACAGCGUUUGUAUGAAUAUGACUUCUCCUAGCGCGAGUGAAAGCAUCUUUGCGUGUAGCAAAUGUAAAGGUGUACACAGAAGGAAUGAGCUGGAGGAUGAAACUGGUUCUGUUUUGCAUGCCGACGGAGAGCAUAUGGAGAAGAAGCACUCCCGCGGCAGUUAUUGCAGCGCAAUGACGAAAAAGGGCGCAGAGUUGGGCGGCAAAAAAUGUGGAAUCGUACAUUCAUCUGGUAUAAGCCGAAAAGUUAGUAUGAACAGGCAAGGGGUCAAUGAUAACACCUUCGAAGACAGCACCCAAAGGGGGGGUAGCAGUGCCAAGGGGAAUGAACAGACCAACCCGGAUGGCCAUAUCAGCGCUGAUGCUACAGGUGAGUCGCUAACGGGGAAGUGCAGAAAAAAUUACAACAGAGGUAUUAGUAACAACAAGAGCAGCGUCACAGUGGUCGGAAUAGUGCAAAGCAGUCGGCCAAGGGAAAGCGCAACGGAUCAGAGGAGCGUACGAAAUUUUAGUACAAAUGAUCCGAUUACCAGCAUAAGCAGCAGCGAACAUGUGCAACUAAAGAAUGCCAGUAUUUUUAGCAACGACAGCACCAAUAGCACCAGCAGGAGCAGGAGCGACGGAAGCAAUAGAAACAAUCGAAGCAACAGAAGCAAUCCAAGCAAUGGUAGCAAUAGAAGUAAUCGAACCUGCAGGGAUGAUCCCAUCAAUAGUAAUGGCCGAAACCAAAGCAGUAUUAACCCCGUGGUGAGUGAGAUGAACAAAAAUGACAAUCAGAACAACGGCCUGGUGAACGCAGGAUAUAGGAACAAGCUUAUCUUGGCACAGCAUAACUCGCAACCGUUGAGUUAUGAGCACAUCAAAAGUGACAACUACACGUUUAAAAGCGAAAUGGUAUCUAAUGACAAAUCGAAAAGUAAUGCCUUCUCAAAUUUUGCCUCCACGAAUUUGGCUAAUACGAAUUCCAAUGGCUGCACAAAUAACGUCCUUCUGAAUAGUAGAUUUAACGAGCACGGAAAGGACAAAAAUAAUGUGAUGAAAUAUUUCCAAUCGGGGCUCAAAGACGGUAGUACAAAUGUUAGCACUACUCAGUAUGAUAACAACAGUUUAAUAGUCAACCGGAACACCUUUGAUUCGCACCCAUGUGCAAGUCAUUUGAACAGCGCCAACGCCUUGAAUUUAAAUCCUACUUUUCUGAACCCAUCCACCUGUAACAACGCCGUGUAUCAUGCGAUCAACGAGAAGAACGAGUCCUUCUUCCUACUCAUUACUAACAACCCAUUAGAAGGUACGCAGAGAAUAAACUUGUUGAUAUCUGAAAAGGGCAAAAUCGAUAUAGGCGGUAGUCCCCUUUUGACCUUUAACAAACAAAAUCUAAGAAGUGGCCACUCUCUAAAGAAUGACCAGUUAGGGGCCAUUCAGGGUAGUAUGAGUAGCAAACCGAAUGACGAUAUGUUUCAUCUGAGCGGCGAGGUGGACAACUUUGGGGGGGAUAACCAAUCCGGGAUGUACCGCCAUCCUAUGGAUCCAGGCGAAAAUGUCUAUCGAUCCAUGUCUAAUCAAAACGUCUAUCUUGAUAUGAACAAGCUGGAGAAUGGGAUCUAUAAAAAUGGGACGAACCUGGAAAACCUCGUUGAUCAGGUGAAUAACCCUAAUGACAGAUGCUCCUAUCACGGCAACAUAAAAAGCCUUCACGGGGAUGACAAUACUGCUAAUGUCAACCUUAUCGGGAAGAAUGAAUACCUGUUUAGAAAUAUUGAGGAGGAUAUACAUAACGAGGUGAACCAUGUACAGGAGGGGGAAGUGAAGUACGGCUCCUUGAGCGGUGCUCUACACAGCGGAGCUAGCAUCGGGGUGGGCAUGAUCAUCCCCCCUGGCCUGGUCCCUACCAACUGCCCCUACAACAACGCGAAAAUCUGCGAUAACCUAGUGAGCAGCGAUCACUUGAAUAACUUAGCCGACAGCAUGAACCGAUUCGGAAACGACGUCGAUUUUAUUCUGGACGAAAAUGAAGACUUGGAGAUCCAUUCCAAAGCGAGCCUCAAAGAUGACAAAAUUAUUGAACUGCAAAACAUAAUAAACAGUCUCAAGUUUAAGAACAAGCAGCUGGAAAAGGAACUGACCGAGGUGAAAAAUAUGCAACUGAAGAAAAAACAAAAUCUGAUAUUAAAUAGUCUAAGUAAUAAGAAUGACGACAUUAGUAGUUACUCAACUUAUAAGGACGAUACGAAUAACUCCGAUUGUGGAAGUGCAGACAAUGCGAACAGAUACAUUCAGAACAUUUUAAAUGAUAAGGAGAAGUACAAUUACGACACGAAGAUUUCCAUACAGAAGUUUCAUUUGGCUUAUACAAAUAACUCAAUAGGCAAAUUGAAAAUAGCUGCUCAGAGAGACAUUAGUGGCUCCUUUAUGGGCCCCAAGGGCAUACACGUGAAAACGAUUAAAUCGUCUCUUCACAUUUCAGUGUACAAAAGUGCAAAGGAUGUUUGGUUUCCAGGAUUUGCUGACAGUCAUGUGUUUUUAUUGAAAGGAAAUAUUUUUGGUAUUUUAAGAGCAUGUCAAUUGCUGUACCAUUAUGUGAAGUCCAAAAUGUCGUCUUCCAAAUGCUGCAUAUAUUUGGUCGCUCCGUUUGAGUGUGUACAGAAGUUACUGGCCGAUGGGUGCAAGCGAAUGGCAAUAAUUAAGGAGGAGUGCGGGGCGGACGUACGAUUGGGCAAUUUGUACGUACAGGUGCAUGAGGGCUUUACAGAGCGCUUAAUGGAGAUACGGGGAAAUGAGGUCAGUGUGGACUGCGCGUUGGAGAAGCUGGUGAUUUUUAUGCAGUCCUGCUUUUCGGUGCAGUCCUACGACUACGAGUUGUUGAAGUACCCAUGCCGAUCGGUGCUGAAUUUGCAGUGA